AUGAGCUGGGACCGAGUGAUCCAAGACUCCGACGAGGACGAGCCUCUUGUUGAGGAGGAGGCCUCGACCUCCAUUGACCCGCCCCAGGGUCUUGAGUCCUUUAUCCAAGGACACCACGAUCCCGGCGCGGACCAGCAAACACAUUACCCAAUUGAGCACCAUGAUGCUAGCGCGGAGCUACAGUUAAACGUCAACUUCGACCAGUUCCUGCAAUCACAAGAGAAUCACCGCGCGAAUCUCAAUUCAUCGCAACAGCGACGCGAAGAAAGGUGGAUUCCAUCGACUGGUGAAGGCGGCGGUGGAUCAAUUGGUGCGUGCAGCCAACAAGCCUCGGUGCUUGAACUAACACACCUAGGCACAGGCGCAAUGAUGACAGAAAUCGGGCUUGCACAGCAGCGCCUCUUUGACGACGAGGCUUCCAGUCUUGCCCAGCGUCUCCCUUCGACGGCGACGCCGUAUUCGAGCGAGAUAUCGCAACCGGGUUCUUUCCCUACCAUGCCGAUCUACCAGUACCAGCAGACGAACGAGGUCACUAAUAUCGAAUCCAAGCCCAUUAAGAAAGUGGUUUACCCUUCAUACGAGGCGACACAACUUGUCCCGUCUAUUCAGGCACACGGUCACGAGUAUAGUACACCCGUAGCGUCGACCACCGUGGAUUCUCCUCUUGGAGAAUACGGAGAAACAAUCUCAUAUCCUUCAACCAUCCAUAUCACUCAAAAUUCGCGUGCGCAUCCGCCACAAAAGGACACCGGGAGAUCCAAGUCUCUGCAAUCACAGCCAUAUUCUCCACAUGACACAGAGCCAAUGUCAUCUGUCGCGUCGCCGGGAGUGAGUCGCGCGAAGAGCGACAAUGCCAGAUCAGGCCUGAUGUCCCCACGAUACUCGGAGGCUGAUACCCACGACGAGCUCUCUUUGCCUGCGGUGACUGUCGAGGUAACCACGGUUAAGAAGCGCGGGCCUCCAAAGAAACAGUCGAUGCCAGAGAACGAUGACGAUGAUGAACUCGCCAUGGUGGAAUCCGGGUCCAUUAAGAGUAAGCCCGAGAAGCGGAAGCCAGGCCGACCUUCUAAAGCUGCAACUAGUGGAGAAACCACAACGAACAAGAAAGAGGUUGUGGGAGCUGAACCCCCCAGGGCUAAUAGGGUUACAAUCCUGAAGGUUAAAGCUCCUCUGCCACCAGAUGGGAAAGAGACCAAGAAAAAGGUCAAAAGAAGCAAAACUGCGGAUUCGGUGAUGCAGAAGACUCGUGCCGCGGACGACGAUGUCAUCUGGGUAGAUCCAAGGCCUAUUCAGACGGAUGCCAACAACACGAGCACGAAAACCACGAUUCCAGAACCCAUCAAGGGAAAUGCGCCUCAAUCGACAAAGAAUCCAAGCAUGGAAGAAAAGGCUCAAUCCAAGCAAUCGGAAGAACAGCCGGCGCCGAAAAAGCGAGGACGCAAGCGAAAGACGACAUCUGAACAACCCAUUGACGCGGAAGCCUUAAAAGAGAAUCAAGCCCCAGAGCCUCCAGUUCCAGCUCCUGAAGCUACAUCUGAUAUCCCUGUUGAGAAGCCCACAGUCCCUAGCACAGACCAAACACCCGUCCUAGAGACACUCAAUGAACCAACCAACCCCCUCCCCCAAACACCUCAACCAGAUAUGAAGACACGGAAAACACCAGGCGCGCACAGCCCCAUCUCAUCGACGGGUAAAGUGCCAUACCGAGUAGGACUGAGUAAGAGGGCGCGGAUUGCGCCUUUGUUGAAGGUUGUUCGGAAGUGA